AUGGCAGAGACGACCACUUCGAGCUCUCGAAAGUCAAAGGUGCUGAAGGCUGCUGCUGAAGAAGUUCCAGUGGGAAAACCAGGCUCCCGACAGCGUCGGGUUCUGCGCGAGAGCAUCCAGGGCAUCACGAAGCCGGCCAUCCGGCGCUUGGCCCGUCGUGGUGGCGUCAAGCGCAUCAGCGGCCUCAUCUACGAGGAGACUCGGGGUGUCUUGAAAACUUUCCUGGAGAACGUGCUGCGCGACUCGAUUACCUACACAGAGCAUGCAAGACGCAAAACGGUGACGGCCAUGGACAUUGUGUAUGCUCUGAAGCGCCAGGGUCGUACCAUCUAUGGCUUUGGCGGAUAG